AUGCACCCCGUCCCUGUCAUCUCUACUAUAUAUACUGGCAGAAGCGUCUUCCCUCACCACUCACCACUGACCGCUCACAUCUCAUCACUGGACAUGGCUCACCAGGUUUUGAUACUUGUGUCACUGGCCGUGGCGGCAGUGAACGCUGGGAACCUCGCAGCCCCCGGAGUUGCUCCCUACACCGCCCCCGUGGCACCAUACGCCGGUUCUUAUGCUGGCCGUGUCCCUCCCUACAGGGUAUGCUCCUGGAGCUUAUGGUGGAGCCUACGGAGGGGCUUAUGCUCCUGGUGCCUACGGAGGAGCUUAUGCUCCUGGAGCCUACGGUGGAGCUUAUGCUGCUGGUGCCUACGGUGGAGCUUAUGCCCCGGGGCUUACGCUCCUGGCGAGUACGACCCCAACCCUCAGUACACAUUCAGCUACAACGUCGCCGAGCCGCUGACUGGAGACUUCAAGGACCAGGAGGAGACCCGCAACGGAGAUGUGGUACAAGGACGCUACAGUCUGUUGGAAGCCGAUGGCUCCAGGAGGGUGGUAGAGUACACUGCUGAUCCUGUUGGAGGAUUUAACGCCGUCGUCAGCAAGGAGGGAGGAGUCGCUGUUCCUCCCGGUGCCGCCCCCGGUGUUACCGCCCCCGUUCCAUAUGCCCGACCAGGAGUCGCUCCCUACGCUGGUUAUGCUGGCCGUGUUGCUCCUUACGGCGCUGCCCCUUACGCUGCUGCCCCUUACGCUGCUGCCCCUUACGCUGCUGCUCCUUACGCUGCUGCACCUUACGCUGGUUCUUACGCUGGCAAAGCUCCAUAUGUUGCUCCGUUUGCCGGUAAAGCUCCCUACGCUGCACCAUACACUGGAACUUACGGUGCUCCUUAUGCUGCUCCCUACGCUGCUCCUUACGCCGGAAAAGCUGGAUACGGUGCUGCAGCCGCUGCUCCUUACCGUGCCUGGUAGUCAACUAAGUAGUUACCAUCGACGACCGCAUCUCGACUCAUUCUCAUUACAUUUACCAUUUCAUAAUUUGUACAAAGUGUUCAGUUUUAUAAUAUAACUAGGUGUACAGAGUUAA